UGCCUUUGGAACGUGUUGAACAGGAAACUGCUGGAAUGGCUAUGGUGCAGGUGAUUAAUGUGAUGGUUUUGGACAAUCCUUCAUCAUUCCUGAAUCCAUUCCAGUUUGAGAUAACAUUUGAAUCCAUGAUUGAUCUCCAGGAAGACCUUGAAUGGAAAAUAAUCUAUGUGGGUUCAGCAGAAAGUGAGGCUUUUGAUCAGGUUUUGGACACUGUGUAUGUUGGACCCGUUCCACAAGGCAGGCACAAGUUUGUGUUCCAAGCAGAUCCGCCAGAUCCGUCAAAAAUUCCAGUUGCCGACGUGGUUGGCGUCACUGUUGUUCUUCUUACUUGUUCAUACAGGAAUCAGGAAUGUAUUCGAGUGGGAUACUAUGUCAACAAUGAUUAUCUGGAUCCAGAAAACAGAGAGCAGCCUCCAAAUGUCAUACAAUUUGACAAGUUACGAAGAAACAUUUUAGCUACUAGCCCACGGAUGACCAUUUUCCAGGUGGAGUGGGAUGAUGUUUCAGCAGACCCAAGCAACUAACUACUAAAAGAGCUAAAUUUUUUUAAAAUUUUUAAUAUUGUAUACAAGUUGAAACCAAUUUUC